UGCCUCUCCGCCGCGCAUCUUCGCGCCUGCCGCGGCCACCAUGAGCUCCUGGAAGAAGACCAUCUACAAGACCGUCUGUCUCUCCUUCGCGCUGAUCGUAACCGUGACCCUCUUCCAAAAAGGCAGUGUUCCCAACCAGUUCUUUCAGACCCAGCCGCAGAAAUCCGUGAUCUCCCAAGAGCCGCUGAAAACUCAGAAGACGAAUGAAGUCCUGCCCCUCACCAACAACUUCUGGAAAAAGGAGGUCGAGAUUCCUCCGCCCGUCAAAGCCACCGAGAAGGAGGUGACCUCCUGGGACGUCAAGGCCACCAACUGCACGGCCAACUCCAACUUCACCAAGGAGGAGUGGUUCAGAAACCUGGAGCCCCACUUCCAGCAGUUCCUCUUUUACCGACACUGUCGCUAUUUCCCCAUCAUCAUCAACCAUCCGGAGAAAUGCCGCGGUGAAAUCGACCUGCUGAUUGUGGUGAAGUCGGUCAUCACUCAAUACGACCGCCGAGAAGCCAUCCGUAGGACGUGGGGUCAAGAGCGAGUGUUGGACGGGAAAAAAAUCAAGACGCUCUUCCUCUUGGGCAUUGCCUCCAAAGUAGAGGAGAGGUCCAACUACCAGAAGCUCUUGGAGUACGAAGAUCGAAUCUACGGGGACGUCCUACAGUGGGACUUCUUGGAUACCUUUUUCAACCUCACCUUGAAGGAAGUCCAUUUCCUCAAGUGGUUUAACAUCUACUGUGACCAGGUCCGGUACAUCUUUAAAGGGGACGAUGAUAUCUUCAUGAGUCCUGAGAACAUCUUGGAGUUCCUCAAGGAUCAGAAAGGAGGGGACCUCUUUGUGGGCGACGUGCUGUUCAAAGCGAAGCCCAUUCGCAAGAAGGAUAACAAAUACUACAUCCCCAACUCUUUGUACGGCAAAACCUAUUAUCCGCCCUACGCAGGCGGAGGGGGCUUCGUGAUGGAUGGCCCCUUGGCCAAGCGUCUCCACAAAGUCUCCGAAAACCAGGAGCUGUACCCCAUUGAUGAUGUCUACCUGGGGAUGUGUCUGGAGGACCUCAAGGUGACCCCUGUAGCUCACACCGGCUUCAGAACCUUUGGCCUCGUGAAAAACAAAAACAGCAAAAUGAACCGUGAACCCUGUUUCUACAAAAGCAUGUUGGUAGUCCAUAAACUUAAUCCGGCCGAUCUGCUCAGCAUGUGGGAUUUGGUCCAUAAACAUUUGUCCUGUUCCCAGAAAGCCAACAUCCUUUAGCUCAACCCGAUUUUGGCCAAAGAGGAAGAUCGUAACGGGAGCCCCAAAGAUCCUGGGGGAAAUCACCCGAUUUUCCCACCCACCCCUUUCUAAUGAAAUUGAAAAGAAAGCAGGACGACAAUGAUGACUGUCGGCGUUGGAGGGGAGGGAAGGGGUUUGUUGAAAUAAUUGGAAAAGGGGGGUGGGUGGGGGAGAGAGGUCUUUUUUUUUUCAUAUUUUAUUUGUUCCCUUGUGGGACUUUUGAAGGAUGUAGAAAAAAAAACUUGAAGAGAUGGGAAGUCGAUGGCCACAAAGGGAAUUGACUAUUCCGGAAGAGAUGAAGGAUGACUACCCCACGUUGGGCAGUUGGGCAAGUCACCGCUUCCUUUAUUUGUGCCCUUUUUUGUGGUGUGCUUUACAGCUGGAGGCUGGUCCUAAAGCUAAGACAUUUAUUUCUAGGUGUGUGUGUGUGUAUGAGAGAGAGAGGGAGGGAGGGAGGGAGGGAGAGAAUGUAUGUGUAUGUUUCCAAAGCUGAAUUAAAAAAAUCUGUUCAGGAAAGAAGGAAAUAACCCAAAUUCUAACGUGCAUUUUUGGGAUCAUCCGGCCGGAUAGUGUGUUGUGUAGAUUUACUUUUUUCUGCAGAGAACAUUUUCUUUGGGGGAAUAACCACCCUUGCAGCUUAUAUCCCCUACCCCACUCAGGAAAGAAACCGUCACUCAAAUCUCUGCAAACUUAGAAAAACGUAAUUGCAAUCUGUAGGCGUUUUGUUUUGUUUUUUUAAUUUUAAAAAGAGAUGUCCUUCUGCGGAAUUUGUUCUAUGCCAGUGGUCCCCAGUCUUUCCGGCUUUGCAGACUAGGGGCAGGGAGAGAGAGGGUGUGGUUCCAGUGUGCAGCGCCGUUUGAGCAAGCGGCAAGUGUGCACGUAUACCUCUCACACAAAUGGAGUUGUGCGAGCAGAAGCAUAUGGGCCUGUCGCUUGUGCCACGGCCCAGGCGUUAGGGAUCCCGAGUCCCUCUGUGCUUCAUUGCAUUUAUUUUGUUGGGAAAAAAAAUAAGGUACAGUAGCAAGAGGAGGUCCAUGAUUCUCUCCAGUGUAGGAUUUUACUGGUGCCUGGUUGUAUUUUGUACUUUAGAUCAGGGGUCUCCAACCUUGGCAACUUUUAGCCUGGAGGACUUCAACUCCCAGAAUUCCCCAGCCAGCUCUGCUGUACUUUAGAUCAGGGGUCUCCAACCUUGGCAACUUUUAGCCUGGAGGACUUCAACUCCCAGAAUUCCCCAGCCAGCUCUGCUGUACUUUAGAUCAGGGGUCUCCAACCUUGGCAACUUUUAGCCUGGAGGACUUCAACUCCCAGAAUUCCCCAGCCAGCUCUGCUGUACUUUAGAUCAGGGGUCUCCAACCUUGGCAACUUUU